AUGAGGUUUUUAACAUUUUUGUUGAUGCUAACUCUGCUGUAUGUAUACGCCUCGAUUGGUGGGUGCAUCUUGAGGGCCAUUGAGGUCGGGAACGAGGGGGACUUGAUUAGGACCUCCAACAAGACCCUUAAUGACGUCAUCGGUCGUGACAAAAAUUAUUGCAUCAGCAAGAAUGACAUCAUGACCUUCCAGUCCGUGGUCAAGGACAUGACGGAAAAUGGUCUCUUUCUCAAAAACUACACCCUCAACUUCCGGGAAAGGUUUGACGUCAGGUCGGCCAUCUUAGUGGCUUGCACCCUUUACACAGGAUUCGGUAGCAACAACAUCAUCAACAACAACAACAACAUCAACAACAACAUCAACAACAUUAUCAUCAUCAACGACAUCAACUUCAACAACAACAUUAUCAUCAGCAUCAACAUCAGCAACAACAACAUCAACAACAACCAAUACCAGCUGAUCUUACUCGUUAUUGGGAUCAUAUUUUUCGUCCUCAUCCCGACCGCUAUUAUUGACUCCGUUGAGGUGUGGUCCUUCGACCAGACGCUCUACUUCGUGUUGACCUUCAUGCUGACCUUGGGGUUUGCCGAUUAUACCCCUGGACAUGAUUACGAGGUAGAGAACAGAUCAGAAGAUUUCAUAAAAUGGUACCGAAUGUUCGUUGGCUUUUGGCUGAUCAUCGCCAUCCUUUGGUUUUAUAUCAUCAUCUACCAGUUCAGUUCGGUGUUUGGAUGGUUUAUCUGGGAGAACGUUGAAGAGAUUGUCGACGAUAAGAUGGAGAAAGUUGAGCAUGUUUUGGAGAAUGCUUUCAACAGGGCAAACUUGAAAGAAAAGAACAAAAACUUCUUGGAAAAAUUCAAAAAAUCGACUAAGUUACAAAAGGAAAUCGAACAAAUUGACGAAAUAAAAGAUCAACAGCACCAGCAACUACAACUAAACCAGCAGAGCCACCUAAACAACUACAGCCACCCCAACUACAACAACUACAGCAGCCACAGCUACAACCUGAACUCCCAGCCACAGGCAAACAUGGACAUGUUAAAGAGUGGCUAUUUCAAUGGUGAGCAAGUUGCAAACUGCCACAUAUUCGAGACUUGUUUCUCAUUCUGCGAAACUCUCAGAGCAAGGAGUGUGGAUUGA